GAUAAGAUAGGCGAGGAGGUCAAGAAAAUGCUUGUCGAGGACCCAUCCGGCGAAGUCAAGCGGGCGCUGCUGUCACAGAUCCCUCGGCUGUGUGUGUUCUUCGGCCGAGAGGCUACCCACGAAGUGCUGCUGUCGCAUAUGACUAUAUUCCCAAAUGACAGCGACUGGAAGUUAAGGCGCGCGCUAUACGGCGCAGUUCUGGGGCUAGGAAUGUAA